AUGACAAUUUUAUUUACAAAUGUGUGUCUAAUUUUAUUUGUAUUGUAUAUUGAAACAUUUGAAACAUUGGAGAAUUCCAGAGGUAAAAAAAAAAAUUGUUUUUUUCAUAUUACUAUAUUGCUUUUAAGUAUAUUGAAUGAGUCUUUUAAUCUCAAUGUUUACAUUCGGAAAAUAGAAAAAUGUAGAAUUCCAGUCACACUAAACCUGACACAAGGUUAUGAAGAAGAGCUGUGCCGAAAUGUGACACAUAAAUGGUAUUAUGAUUCUGUUUAUCAUGAAUGUAGGAUUUAUACAAGUGGUAUUUGUACAAAUGAAAAUAUGUUUGAUUCUGAGAAAGAUUGUCUGUAUCACUGUGUUGGUGGAAAAAGUAAAAUUUAUAAAAUUUAUUGACCAGUAUAAAUUUUAAUCCUUCAUUUAUUUCUAGACAAUACAUAUCAGGAUACUAUGGGUUAUAAAAAUGAGCCUGGUUCUUCUACAAUGGCACCAAUAGUUCCGGAUGCCAGGGGUGCAGAACUUAGAUUUUCUGAAACUGUCAAUAACACUGUAUUUAUGAUGGCUAAAAAUAAUGCAUUUAUACAACUUGAUGGUUAUCGUAUUCCCACUUUUCAGUUAAGGUAAAAUUAAUUAAUAUAACCAAUUUAUUUUGAAAUAUUAAACAGUGUAUUAUCAAAUAAAAUAGACUUUGUCGUGAAAUUUCGUUUCAAUUCCGGACACGUUUACCUCAUGGACUACUUGUUUAUCAUAGUGUUAAGGAUAGACCUACUGGUCUUCCUCCAUAUGCUUUGUAUGUUAUUGUAGAAAAAGGUCAACUUAAAGUUGUCCAUGUGUAUGGUAAACAUUCAACUUCUGUAAUAGUUGGUGAAGGUAAGUAGAUGAUACCAAAUAUUCUCAAAUAUACCUAUAAAACUUGUGAUUCAUCAUAACUCAUAGCCGCAUCUCUAAAAUAAUGAGCAUGAAAUCAUUUUUAAAAGUAAUAAUUAGUAAAAUUUGUAUAAGAUAUAUAUUAUAAUGAUAAAAAAAAAAAAAAUAAAAAAAUCACCUUUAAUAAGCAUAAUUCCGUCACUAGAGUCAAAUUUACCCCCAGUCAACUUAUCCCUGUUAUAAUAUUUAAUUUUUUUUUUUUUAUAAUUAAUUUAAAACAGUUAUGAGUUUUAUUUUAUAUUUAGUCUGUAGAUGUAUUUAAAAUCUUGUAUUUUCUGUGAUGAAAUUGUAGCAUAAAAAUGGUUGAGAAUGGGGAAGAAAGUUAAAUUUCCCAAAAGAUACAUCCUUGAUACUUACUAUAGUGUUAGUACAUUAGAGCCGUCUUUAUUUUGUCUAUUUGAAAAUUUCUUUCAAGACACCUAUCUUGCGCUGUAUAACAAAAAAAUAUAACAAUAAAGUUUGAAGCCAUUUGAAUAUUAUUUAGUGAAAGCGCCCAAUGUUUUAAUAUUUAAUAACAAAAACUUUCACGAAAUCAAUGAAAAUAUUGUACAAAUGAUCACAGAUUGUUUCAGAGACAAUCAAACGGGAAGGAAUCAGGGAAACAUACCAGCCUCUCCCACAUUGAAACAUUUUUCUUAAACGUUUAUAAUAAUAUACAGUGUUAUUUUUUAAAACAUGUUCAUUGUUCAUUUUACUUUUAUGGUUAAAUUAUGUAUAAAUUCAAAUUCUGAUAUUAGGAAUUUUUAAAUGUAGUGAAAAACGAUAUUUUCGAAUAAUUCAAUUUUUCAUAACACUUAAAGAGUAACCUGUGGUGACAUGUUUUAAUGCCAAUUGUUAAUUGGAUGAUCUUUUUGUAAAUGUUAACAUAUAUUUUAAUCGAAAUUUGAAUGAAAAGUUUCUAAGUUACUCUGCUUUAAAUUCUAAGGAUAACUGAUUGUGGAAAUAAGAAAUUAUUCAUAUGAAACAUUCAUUUAUAAAACGUCAACAUAUUUAAAAAAAUCAUCGGAUAUUGAUGAUUUGCAUUAAAACAUGGAGGUUUUCAUUAGAAAAACUAAAUUUGUUAUCACUACAGGAUACUUCUUAAAUUUUGUAAAAAAUUGAAGUACGCGUAAAUAUCAUAGUUCAAUGUAUUUAAAAAUUCCAAAAGUCACAAUUUGAUUUAUGUGUAAUUUAAGUAAAUAAAUGAAGUGAUCAUGCUUAAAUCGCCCUGUAUAUUAUAUUAUAUCUUCAUAGUUAUAAAAAAAGAUUAUGUAAACAAUAAUUAUUCUUAAAAAUGAUCCUUACCCCUCACCCCCCCCCCUUUCUGACAAAAUCAUUUGAUCGUUAUUGGUUUGUUUAGAAUUGUUUUUUAAAAAUAAAAACAAAGAACCUAUUUUAAUGAUUUUUUUUUUUGUUUGAUUCCACAUAUGGUUUAGAUUGUUGAAGAGUCUCUUGAAUAUAAAAUAGUAAUAAAUAGCUUAGCUGUAAUUAUGAAAAGCUUAUUAAUGCCUUAAUAGACUUGGAGUCUUUAAUUACACUACGUUUUAAUAUUUAAUAACAAAAAAGUUUCACAAAAUCAAUAAAACAGUGCAAACGAUCAGUUUAUUAUCUAAACGAUUUGUUUUUAAUAAUAAACAAAGGACCUAUUUUAAUCCCAAGUCCAUUGUCUUAUGUCUUUUUUUGAUACCAUACAUGGAUAUGAAUCUUUAAUUACAUAUAUACUAGUAACUAAUAAUAGUAUUUAUAAUCAAUAAUAAUAUUAAUAAAUGUCACACAUUAUAAUAGGUAAUUAUUUUAUUUUCAUUGAACAUUUUGAACAACUUCUAAAGUUCUUAACAUAGUGUACACGAGCCAAUAAUUUACUUAAAGACUAUAUAAUAGUACCUAAUCAUAGUGAAAUUACCAUUGCAUAAUUUAUACUGGUUUGGUUAAGUAAAUAAACUAAAAAAAAGACUGACAUAUUUCGUACGUGGGUGAAGCCACUGUUGUAGGUGGGAAGUUGAGAAAGUAGGGUACAGAAGGGUAUUUAAUGUAUAUCUGUAAGCAACGAUGAACCAUUGCUAACGAAAAAACGAUUCUGAGUAGUGAGGUAUAGUUCACUUGACAGUGAUGCUUUGUUAUCAAUAUACAUGUCAUAUUAUAGUAAAAUAAUUAAAUAGGCAUUAUAUUUUUUUUUAACAAAAUUUGUUUGAUACUGUACCGAUUUUUACUUUUUUUCUGUGUUUUUCCCGGUUUUCUCAUGUUUUCCAGGUUUUUCACAUUUGCUGGGAAAACUUUUGAGAAAAUCGAAAAAUGACCUCUGUAAAGUACCUCCCUAGUCAAAUUUCCUUUCAGAUAAAUUGCUAUCAUUAUGAAUUGGAGCAAAAUAUUGCUAGUAGAAAAACUUGUCCACAAGAAUAAAAAAGGCCGUAAUAUUUUUAACUAAUAUCCCAACCUAAAUAGUUAAACUACAAUUUUAUGCCGGUUUUUCCCAGAUAUUAUGAAAACCGCUUGAAAAAUAAAAAUUAAAGGGGAAAUUAAAUGCAUAUCUGUAUGCAACGAAUAAUGAUUAACCAUUGCUAACGAAAAAACGAUUCUGAGCGGAGUUAGGUUGAUAGUGUUGCUCUGUCAAAAAUAUAUGUCAUAUUAUGGUAAAAUAAUUGCAUAUGCAUUAUAUAUUUUCUUUAAUAUUCAUUUAAUAUUAUACCUAUUUUCCCAUUUUUCCUGGUUUUCCCAUGUUUUUAUGUUUUUAGUUACUCUAGUUAUGGCACAUAUUUGACUAAACACCAAGAAUCAUAUAUAAGGUACAUAUCAGUUUGUUCAAUCAGUAUUUACUUUUAGUAUUGAGAUAUGGGGAAACACCUAUGAUAUCCAUUUGAACAAAAUUAAAAUUUCACUGAAUAAAGUUAUUAAGUUUAUACAGAUUAAAACUACUAAGACUUUAUUGGGCGUCAAUUAAGAAGGGCAAGAAAGGAACAUGUCCUCCUGGCUUUCCCGUGUCUCUAAUACAUAUAUACAUAAAAUAUUAUGAUUUAUAUUAAAUCUGGCUUUUGAAUUAUUAGCUAAAAAUAACUUAUCACUAUCAGGCGUUAGUCGUUAUUCGAUAGUUUGUUAAGAGGACGCCCGUCACCGACAAAUCUCCGUCUCACAAACGUGAGACAGCAAAUUUGAGUUCAGUAGGUCACAUUUUGUGUCGUUAGUUUUAAUAUUAAAGCAAAUUGAAUAUGAAUAAAGGAAUAUAAUAUUAUGCUACGAAAGUUAUAUAUAGCAGUUAAUAGGUUAACAGAAAGGUAAAUAUUAUUGAACAAAUACAGUGCUCCCCCCCUGGAUUUUUGAAGAUGGGCGCCCUUGCUUUCUUGUACAAAAUGUAUACACCGGAUGAUUCUUUUAUCGUUAAACACUCAUUAUCUCGAAAAGUAUUAACGUUUUUCGGAAUCUGUUUUAUAGAAAAUUUAAGAAUCAAACACCUCAACAUUUUACAUUUACAUUUUUUUUUUGUUACCUUAAUUUUUGGGGUUGAAAUGACUAUCUAGUUUUGAUUUUCAAAUGGCAACUUGUAUUGAAAAUUCCUUAAAUAGAUUAUAGAUAUGUAAUAGUAAUAAUUAUGUAAUAGUUAUAAUAGAUUUUAACAAAAAAAAAUAAAAUAACUAAUUGUUUCUUAAAUUUAAAAAAAAAAACAUUUUCUAAAAUAUUCAAUACUUUUCGAAAUAAUGAGUGUUUAACGAUAAAAGAAUCUCCCAGUAUAAGUACUGGGAGAUUAAGUCCCUUGGAACUUAAUUUACCUAUUUGAAUUUGAAAAACUAUUUAACCUAAAUUUACUUUUUUUGUCUUUUAAGCAAAAAAAAAUAUUUCCUGACAUAUACCCAUGCGGGUAUAAAGACCUCUUAAGUCUAAACAUUUCACUAUAGCUAUUAUAUUAUAAUACAAUUAUUACAUUUUCUAAGAAAACAAUUUAUAGAAGAUUAAUACAUCAGAUAUAAAAGCAUAAAUUAAGAUUUAAAAUUACCUUCAGUAUAAGCAUUUUGAUUUUCUUUUACAAGUGCUUUAUAAAUUUGUGCUAUAGAAAGUUUUUCUUUUUGUACAUUUGUUUAAUCAACACCAUCCUACAUAAAUCAUAUAAGUAGUUUUAUUCGUUGAUUUAUCUAUCUGUUUUAAUUUUAGAUUUUGAGCGGGGGGAGGAGGAGUGUUUUGGUUUUACAAAGAUGUUUAUUAUUUUUUUUUAUACUUUGUUUAAAAAUUCUAACAAAAAUCUUGCUUUUAGGUAUCAGACAGCACAUUUUUUAAAAGGGUAUUUUCCUGGGGUGGUACUCUAAGGAGGUCAUUUUUUUAUUUUCUCAAGAUUUUUCAAAAUAAAUGGAAAAAACUGUGAAAAAACGCAGAAAAGAUAAGACAAUUUAUGAAAAUUAUACUUUUAUUAUUUUUUUUUUGGUGUAAUUCCGUGAAAAAUAUUUGUAGAAAUUUAACAUUUGACUAUAAACCUAGAAGUUUAUGGACAAAUAUAGAUAUUUUUCUUUUAUAGACGUGGUAAAAUUUUCAAAACACUUGAGCCAUUUUUAAGCUAUUUAUAAAAAUAUUAAUUUUGCGAGUUUUUUUACGUAAUAUUUAUUCAGUAUAGUACUGUAUAGAUAAAAAUAUAAAAUUGUUGAUCAAAUAUUUUUAAUAUCAAAUUUUGACGAAAAUCGUAAAUAUUAUGGCUUUUUUUUUUAAUGUAUAACCGAACUCCGCUCAGAAUCGUUUUUUGUUUAGCAUAUAUUAAUCAUUACGUACAGAUAUACAUACAUUCAAUUCUCUUUAUAUUCCCAACUCUUUACCUUCCCAACUUCUUAACUAAAACAGUGGCCCACCUAUCGUGUGAAAUACGUCUGUCUUUUUAUUAUUAGUAGUCUGUAGAGCAUAUGAGCUAAAUCAAGUAAAUCAUUAAAUUUUGAAAUAAACAGUUCUUCUUGUUCUUUAUGACCUCUGGUAUUUUUUCUGCCAUGCUUUUGAAGGGGUUUUUUCUCAUCGUAUAAAGAUUUGAAUUGAGAAUACAGUGUUGACUGUUCUAAUAUUACUGGAAUACGAGCAGGCCCGGUUUAAGACAUGGUAGGUGGUGAACAAAUAAGUGCCCCUUUUUUCAUUUCAUAAGAAUAUACCUACUAUGAUUAUUUAAGAGUUUUUAGUGGUAGACUAUACGCCUACGUAAUUUUGGAAAUUUCUGCUCUUACAAAUGUGUCUUUAUAUUAGUAAAUAAGAGAUACAUCUUUUAAAUAAACUUUUCUCAUUAGCUGUCACAACACGGAGACAUAUGAUGCUAUGGGUUUAACGAACCUGGAGCCCCGAGCGAAGUAUAUCCGUAUUUUUUUUAUAAAUGUUCUUAAAGAAGUUUAAACAAUUGCAUACAAUAAUAUGAGUAGCAUACUCGAAAAAAAUAACACCAUUUAUGCUGCAUGUGCCUACUUAAACAAAAUAAAAAUAAAUCAAUGAUUUCUAAAUGAAUUUAUAUAAAAAAAUAUAGCAGAUUAUUUUAAAUUGAAAUAAGUUAUUCUAUAUCAUUUUAUUUUUAUCGUAUAUAGGUUUGAACCAUGACAUUUGGCACGCCGUUACUGUACGUAUAGAUGUUCAUGGUGCUCGACUUAUAGCAAAAGUGGACAACUUGAGUGCAGAAAAAAUUAUACAAGGUUUACACAAAUCUAGUAACUAUGGCAUAUCUACUGAUUUAACAUCUGUUGUUUUAAUAGGCGGUAAGAAAUAUGUAUUAUGAUUUAUGAAAUUAUAACCUAGAAUACAUUUUUAUGUUAUACCAUCUACUUUAUGUUAUUCGCAUAAUUUAAAACUAGUAAUAUCUAUUUUAUAAAAUAUGUUAAUAUUCGUCAAUAAAUUUCGUUAUUAGUGUUAUAAUGUAGGUGCAUAAUUAAAUAUACAUAUAUUCAUUAAGCAUUCACAUAUUUAAGGAGUAUCCUGUGAGUGAUACCAACGAUACCAACUUUGAUUUAAGUUGAUUCCCUCAAGUUUGUUCUAAUAUGUAUACAAUUUUAUAUUGAUUGGUUAAGUAUAACCCGUGCCUCAAAGCCCUUAUAUUUUAAAACCACGUUUUUAUUGAAAUAAUCAUAUUUCAUUUUUGUUUUUAUUUACUUGGUAGUAAAUGGUGAAUUGCUAGACCUAAUUAGACCUUUUUUGGAUUCGGAGCGUAUUGGUUUUUUUUGUAUUUUUUGUGUUUGUCUAUCAGAAACUUGUUCCAGAGUAUAGACUAUAGCACCGUUUUUGAAAGGUAAUUUUCUGUCAUUUGUGUAUUGGGGAGAUUAUUUUUUGGGUUUUCCAAUGGGUUUCGAAAUAGUUGGGAAUAACCUGAAAGAAAAUUACAGGUAAAACGGCAAAUAUUUACGGCGCGUUACAGCGUUUAAUAAUUCUUUUAUUAUUUUAAAUUUUGUUUUUUAACGUAUUUUAGUUCAUAAUAUUCGUAGAGAUAUUAAAUUUUGACGUACAUGGUAAAAUUUUCAAAACAUUUGAUUUAUUUCUGAGCUAUUUAUAGACAUUUUAGUUUUGCUAGUUUUUUAUGUCAUUUUUAUUCCGGAAGUACUCUGUAGAUAAAUUGUUAGACUUAACAGGAAUGUUUGAAAGUUGAAUAGGAAAUUUAUUAUUAUAAGUCGCACUUAGGUGGUGUGAAAAAAAAAUAAUUUAGUUUAAUGUAUGUAGUAUUUUUUUUUUUAGAUUCUCAGGGGAACGAAUGAACAAAUGUGAAAAACCGGGAUAAAACACGGAAAAGCCAGGAAAAACAUAGAAAAACUGGGAAAAUCGAUACAACAUUAAACAAAUUUUAUUAAAGAAAUAUAUAGUCUAUAUAAUUAUUUUACUAUGAAAUGACAUAUAUAUUGGUGACAAUGCAUCACUAUCAACUGAACUCUGUUCAGAAUCGUUUUUUCGUAAGUGAUGGUUUAUCGUUGCUUACAGGUAUACAUUAAAUUAUCUAUAAUAGUGGCUGCAGUCGUCCCUAUUAUUCUCGGAUAUCUUUUUUAAGGUUUUUUUUACGGUGCACACGAAUUGAGUCCCGAAAUCCCUUUUCGACAUGAAUUGCGUUCCGAUGAUAUUUAACCAGUACACGAAUUGCGUCUCAACGUAAAAAAAUUAUUUUCCUUCUUUCGAUCUAUAAUUUCAUUGUUAUCAUUUAGUUAAAUGUAUGACUUACACGUUCUUUUACAGCAAUUCCAACGUUGAAUAACGAUAUUCAAUAUUUUAUGGUAACGAAAUUUAUAUCCAUGUAUAAAGUUUUAUUUUUUUUACUUAAAAUCAUUGAUAUCAUUUUAUGCGAAUACGAUUUUCUAAGAAAACUAAGAACAUAACAACGUUUACGAUCCACGAUCCAAACCAGACUAAAAGUAAAAUUAAAAAGAUAGGUAAGAUAAUGGGAAUCGUGCAGCCACUGAUGUAGAAGGGAAGUAAAGAAGGAUAACGGUAAUUUAAUGUAUAUUUGUAAGCAACAAUAUAGUGAUGCAUUGUCACCAAUAUAAAUGUUAUUUCAUAGUAAAAUAAUUAAAUAAGCUUUAUAUAUUUUUUUUAAUAAAAUUUGUGUAAUGUUGUACCGCUUUUCCCGGGUUUUCGUGUUUUAUACAGUUUUUUCACAUUUGCUGGGAAAACUCUUGGGAAAAUCGAAAAAUUAGCUCUCUAAAGUACCUCUCUUGUAAAAUCUCCUUUUUAGAAAUAUUGCUAUCAUUAAAAAUUGGAGUAAAAUUGUUUGUAGAAAAGUAGUCCAUAGAAAAAAAAAAUGGUAAAUUAUAUUUAUUAUAAUAUUUCAUAAAUUUUCCCGUUUUUUUUCGGUUAAGAGUUUUCUCAUCAAAUGCGAAAACUCUUGACAAAAUCGAAUUUAUUAAUAAUUUUAGGUACUGGUGCAAUAACAAGAUAGUCCAAAUUUAUAAUUUUUCAGGAGACACAAAAAACAUUUUUUUUUUUUUUUUUUUCAUGUACAUUAGUAAAAUUUUAAAAUGCUUAAGUAUUAUAAUAUUGAUUGAUACAGUAUCUAUUUCAUAUAAUUACAUGAAUAGCAUAUUCGAAUUAAUUAAUAAAAUAACCACAAUAUUUACCAUAAUGCUUAAAUAUUGGUUUUUUUUAGGCGCAACAACAGAAUACGUCCAAAACUUAUUUGGUUAUUCCACCGAAUUUGUUUUAGGUAAUACAUUAAUGAAUAAAACAUGACCGCAUCCAUGACAAUAUAUUAUUUCAUAUUCUUUAAUUUCUUUUAUUUAUACAUAUUAUUACUUCUUUUAUAGAAUUACUAAAAUAAUAUAAUAUUGUUUUUUUUUUUUUUGAUUUUGUUUGAUAUUUUGUGUUAAGAAACAUUAAAAUGUUAAAAAAAUCGUAGAGUAUGAAAAUAAUCAACAAUAUUAGUGAUAAAAUGAUUAUUAAUAUAAGUGCUCCACAGUUUUUCUAAUUUUAUAUAAUUAACUGGCUAUUAAAUAAAAUUAUGCAUACAAUUAAUAUUAUUAACUAAUAAUAGACUAAUAAGUCUUAUUAUCAAAUUCAUUAAAUACCUUUAAUGCACCGAAAUAAAGUGAUAAAUAGUGUAAGUUGAUUUAGUGCAAAAUCAAGAUACUUCCGGACGUAUCUGGUUUUUGCACCAGAAAAUACAUUUUAUUUAUAUAUUUAUGAGAUACGCCCGGACGUAUUUCGUAGUUAUUGCACCGAACAAAAUGAAUAAAAUCGGUUUUUGGUGAAUAUUUUUUAAUACACUGAUUGGACGUAUCUGGUUGUUGCACCGGUGUCUAAAAUUGUAUUUAACACAGUUUUUUUUUUUUUAUAUUAUCUUUAUAUACUAGGUGAUCUAUUUUAGUGGGUACAUUCAUUAUUUCGGAUUUUUUUUUUUAGAACAUUUAAGAAACAAGCUUGAUACCUUUACAUAUUUUAUAGUUUAAAAUAUGUGUGAUAUCCAGCGAGGUAGGAGAACAUUACCUCGAUGACCGUCCGUCCGAGACGGAUGACAUAAACAGGUGAUUGUGAACUGACGGAGUCCUGGGGGAUUUAGAAUUUGAUUAUAGCUUUGAAAUUAAUAUUAUGAGCACCAUGAUUAUAUGCAAAUUGAGUAGUGGUUAAUUUUUCGGCAGGUGUCAGGUAGUCUGGUAGUGUCGGUAAGAAAAAUUAUUUUGAAAAAAAGAAGGCUCGCUGGUGCACAUUUUGCACCUAGCAAACAAAAUACGGGUAUAUACAUAAUGGAAAAAUAAUUAUUGACUUGAAUGAUGGUGUGAGUUGAGAUGAGAGGCAUUAUUGCUGUCGCCGGAAGUUGGUUGAGACUAUCGAUUGGACCGGUUUUGUUGGCCCGUCAAGGACCGUUGCAUUGAGUUUACGCUGCUAUGAUAUCUGAAUUCCAACGGUGGUGAACGAAAAUAAAAUAGUUGCGGUUCACGUCGGCAGUACAGUAGUAAAAAAAAAAUGUGAGACGGCGGACGCUGUGGCUAUACGAGUGGUGAUGUGUUUCCGGCUUCGACUCUAUAUAGGACGGUCGCUAUAAGGUGGCCGGCUGGGAGUGGGUGCGCGUAGGCAGGGUGACAAGUAGGUAGUGGACUUUGACCGCGCUCAUAAUACUAAUCACGUAAUAUUAAUGAGCAACUAAAUAUUCUGGGGCGUUAUAAGCUGCUCUACAAUUUUAUAUUUAUAUUAUUUUUUGUCUCCUUCUUUUUAGGGGUAAAACUACUACCUACUUUUGAUUUUAAAAUAGCAACAUAUAUUAAAAAUUCCAUAAAUAGGUGGAAUAUAAGUUAAAAUAAAUUUUUGUGUUGAAAUGCUUAAUUUCUGUUGAUCCGUUGACGAGGUAUUUCACUUUUAAGUUUGGGUUGGAGGAGAGUUGCGGUGCAUUAUUAACACGCCGUGCACCGUACUGCCAAACAAAUGAUACUUCACUACUUUCCUCCAACCCAAACUUAAAAGAGGAAUAUCUCGUAAACGGAUUGACAGAAAUCAAACAUUUCAACACUAAAAUUUAUUUUAACUAAUAUUCCAUCUAUUUAUAGAAUUUUUAAUAUAAGUGGCCAUUUAAAAAAUCAAAAAUAGAUAGUGGUAAAACACCUCCAAAAUUAACAUAAAUAUAAACCUAACCUAACAGAAAAUGGAACCUUUUAAUCCCUGUUUUCGGCAUUCACAACGAGCAGUGUAGUUUUGUGUAAUACAUGAAAUUAAAUUUGACAAGAUUUAAAGGGAUCGACCAAAAAAAUUAUAACAUUGAAAAAUAAGGACCACCUUAAUAUAACAUAUAAGUUGGCACUUUGUACUGAUCUAUGUUUGUGUACAUUUCAUCUUAUUUUUAAGGUUUGAGCCAUGAAGAAACACUACAUGGUGUUAAAUAUAUUAUCGAAUCAUUUGUUGGCUGCAUAAAAGAGAUGAUUUUAAGUGCUGGAAAAGCUGCUUCAGAUUUAUUACCAAUUAAACCAUUAAUUGCAACUAAACAUGAUAAUGUUUUAGAGGGAUGCAUAGAUAAGUGAGUUAUUUUUUCAAUAUUUCUACAAGUUAUUGUUAGGGAAAAUAAUAUGUAUAUUAAAUAUCUGUAUUUAAAUGGAAAUUUUAGGUGUAAAACUGAAGACAAUAUUUGUUUUAAGGGAAGUUUAUGUAUAAAUCAUUAUAAUCAGCUGUCAUGUGAUUGUUUUGGGACUCUUUAUGAAGGCGAAUACUGUGAUAUGUAUGGUAAUAGACUUUUUUUAGAUUUAUAAAAUUAAAUAGUUACAAUUUGACCAUUAUGUAGGUAUACAGGCUGUCCCACAAAGAUAUACCCCUUGAAUAUCUCUGGAGAUAAUAAAAUUCUGUUUUUUUGUUUAUUAUUCACAGGGACGAGAAAUAUAAAUUACGAGACUACAAAUAUUUUUAUUUUUAUUAUUAUUUUCUUUAAAAAAUUUAAAAAAUAAGUUUAUUUUAUUUUUUUCAAAAAAUUUUAAGAUAGCUAUUCUGUAGAGUUUAUUUUUUCUGAAAAUUGUAAUAUAUCACAUAUUUACAUUCGAUGGAUAGUUUUUAAGUAACAGCCAUUUUAAAUUUUAUUAAUCCGUGUGAUGUUAUCUUGGGAAAAACCUAACCGUGUUACAUGAUAACAUGGGUUUUCACACAGAUUAGUAGAAUUUAAAACGGCUGUUACUUAAAAACUAUUCAUUGAAUGUAAAUGUGUGAUACAUUAAAAUGUUCAGAAAAAUAAAUUCUUAAAAAAAAUGUAUAAAAAAAAAAAAAAACAUUAAUUUAAAUAUAAAUAUUUGUUGACCUUAUUUCUGCGAGUAAUAUAUAAAACAGAAACAUAAUUUGAUUAUCUUUAUUACUCCGGAGAUAUUUAAGGGAUAUAUCUUCAUGAGACAGUCUGUAUUGUAUAUGUUAUAUUUUAAUAAAUUAUUUUCAGUAUCAACUGUAUUAACUUUACGAGGAUCUUCUUAUGUAUCAUAUCGUGUUUAUGACUGGAAAGAUAGAGUUCAUUCAAGUAUGAACCGUAUUAGUUUUAUGUUUAAGACUAGAUUUGAUGAUUCUGCUUUAUUUUACGCAAGUGGAGAAUCUCAUAAACAUCACCAUAUUGCUAUAUCCAUUUAUAAUGCGUCAGUUAUUGUUGAAAUUGAACUCGGUGAUGGGGAACCUAUAUUAGCAACUGUAGGUCAUAAUACAAAUUCAAACAACUGGCAUAACUUGACAAUAUUACAUAAAGAAAAUAAUAUCACAAUUAUUUUUAACGGCGAAACAAACAGUUAUGAUUUGGCUGGAACAAAAAAUUUUUUAUACAUAGACCCCGAAAUUUAUGUCGGUGGUGCCCCAACACUUUCUAAAAAACGUGGUAUAAUAAAUAAUUUUUUUAAUUUCAAUUAAAAUAUAUCUAAACAUGUUAUAACUAUACAAAAGUGUCUUAUAUUUUCAGGUUUGAAAUCUCAUAAUAAUUUUGUGGGUUCUUUAAAAUAUGUUUUCUUUAAUGAUAUAUCAAUAUUAUAUGAAUUAAAAAGAGGAAAUCCAAAAGUACACUAUAUUGGCUUUUUAUCACCAGAGUUAACAGAAACUGAAGUUGACAUGAUUCCUAUGACUCUACCUUUUCCAUCUUCACAUAUUUUAUGGCCAGUCGAAUCUGCUAAUCAUAUAAGUUUAAUGUUUGAUUUUAAAAGUCAUAAACACAUGGCUAUUUUAUUAUCAUCUCCUGUGACAACAUCACAAUUUACUCAGAAUGUCUCAGGAUUUUGGGAAGUAAGCAAUAUUUAUUUAUUACAUAGUAUUUUAUUUAUUUGAAUUAAUUGAUUAAAUAUAUGUUUGUAAGUUGCUGAUGGUAAACAAUGAAAUUCGUUUUGUACUUACACCAUCAGUUAGUAAAAAUUUCACACAUCUAACAACAGUUAAAUAUGAUUUAAACAAUGAGGGAUCAUGGCAUAAAGUGUGGUUAAAUUAUACUAAAGGCAUUAUUUCAUUAAGCAUAGACAACAAUAAUAAGACUAAUUUUUUGAAUGGUAUUCAACAUUUUUUGGCCGAUCGAACUAUAACUAUAGGUAGUGGAAUUGGAGGCAAAGGAAAUUUUGGUAUGGCAUUGUAAUAAAAGAAAUUUAAAAUAAUUUUGUAUUUAAAAUAUAAAAUAUAAAAUUAUUAUAGGUCUUGUAGGUUGUAUAAGAGAGAUUUGGUUAGAUGGCAUAUUUUUAGAGUCUAGAUAUGUAGUUAGAACUAAUAGAACGACUGGUCAAGUUUCUAUUGAUAAUUGCCAAUUAGUAGAUCCAUGCAAGAGACCAAAUGCUUGUGAACAUGAUGGUAAAUGCUCAGUUGUGGAUGAUAAUGUAAUUUGUGACUGUAAAGGAACCGGAUAUAUUGGAAAAAACUGUCAUUUUGGUAAAAAUAUCUUGUUCUUCAUUAAUUUGAAUAUAUUUGAAUAUAAUUGAAUGCUUUAGCACAGUUUCGUAAGACAUGCGAAGAACUUGCUCUUUUGGGUUACACUAAGCCUGAUGUUUAUUUAAUUGAUAUUGAUGGAAAUGGAAAAUUUCCUCCAGCUCAUGUUAAAUGUGAAUUUGGGGUUCAAGGAGAUUCAAAGACUAUUGUUGAACACAAUUUACCCAGUCAAAUUGUAAAUAAAUAUAAAAAUUAAUAGUUUUGUAUAUAAUACAUUCACAGGUAUCAUUAAUAAAUAUUUACUUAUGUAGGAUGUUAGAAAUGCAGGUCAAUCAGAUUUUAGUUUUACUAUAACAUAUAGAGAUUUUCCUCCAGAAAUGUUAAAGGAGCUUAUAUCACACUCAUUACACUGUAGUCAGUAUAUAAAAUAUGAUUGUUACAAAGCACCUCUUGAUCUUCAUUCUGCAACUUGGUUUACUUCUGCUGCCCAAGAAGAACUUAUCAACUUUAUUGGUUUUGCUAAACGUGGAACUUGUCCAUGUUCAAGUAUUUCUUAUUUCUUGAUUUUUAAUUAUUAUUUGUGUAAAUUCAAUGUUUGUUUUUAUUAUUUAUAGUGAAUAAAUCAUGUUCAAAUAGUUCAAAUUCAUGCAAUUGUGAUUUUGCAGAUGCAAAAUGGCAUUCUGAUGAAGGGCAUUUUCAAACUUCUAAAUAUGGGGGUUUAGGAAUAACAAAAAUGUUUUUUUUACAACAAGAAAAUUUACAAAUUGAUUCUCUAGGACGUAUAACUUUAGGGCCUCUUGAAUGUGUUGAAACAAGUUAAGUUUUAUUAAAAUUAUCAUAAAAAUGUAUUACAACAAAUUAUUUAACAUUUUCAGACACUCAAAAAUAUGUUGUAACAUUUACAACUAGUCAAUCUUAUAUUGAAGUACCAGGUUGGAGAAAAGGAGACAUAGCAUUUAGUUUCAGAACUACUGGUGAAAAAGCGAUUCUCCUAUAUCAACCUCCAAUUCGAAGACAGCAUCCUUCUUUUAUGGUUGCACUCACAAGUGGUAUGUUAUACAUAGGUACAUUUAAUUUAUUGUGAUUUUGUAGUAAAAUUAUUUUAUUUUCAUAAUAAUAUAAACAGGUUUGAAAUCUUUUUGAAAAUGUUUACAAAUUACAAAAUUUCAAUAAUUACAUGAUUUUAUUUUUUUAAUAUGUGUGGUAUUCUAUGUUAAAUUUAGAUUUUCGAUUGACUUUUAAUUUUACUUUAAAUUCUGGAAAAUCAAGGGAAAUGGAAGUGAAAUCAAGACGAAGGUUGAAUAACGGAGAAUGGCAGAAAAUUUGGAUUGAUUAUAAUUCUCAUCAUGUACGUUUCAUGAUUAAUACAGAUUAUGAAAUGAUUGAUCUUUUACCGAAUGAAAAAUUUGGACCUUUUGAAGGAAGUAUGUAUAUUGGUGGAGCUACAGAGUAAGUAUUAAUUUAUAUCAAUUAUAAUAUUAUUCGAUUAACAGUUACAAAUUAAUUAAAUGGAUUUAGAGACCUCCUUCAAGUCACAACUGUAAGUCAAGGUUUAAUAGGAUGUUUUCGGGGAUUAGUAGUUAAUGGCGAAAUUUUAGAUAUUUAUUCAUAUAUGAGUGUUCAUUUAUCAGAAAUUAUAAAACAAUGUAAGCCGUCAUGUGCUCCAAAUCCUUGUAAAAAUGGAUCAAAAUGCAAAGAAUUAUGGAGUACAUUUCUAUGUGUUUGUGAAAAUCCUUGGGCUUAUACUGGAGUACUAUGUGAAAAUAGUUGAGUAUCAAUAUUCUAUAAUAUAUAUAUCAGUUUUAUAAUAUACCUACCUUUUGCAUUUUUAUUUUAUAUUUUUAGACAUUAAUAUACAUGGUUUAACAUUUAUAACGAGAGAGUCAUAUUUUAAACGAAAUUAUUUUAUUAACAAUAUAACUGAAUUAAGUCAAGAAUCUUAUUACAAACUUUUGACAAAAAAUAUUUUAAUGAAUUUAAGAACAUAUGAUAAAAAUUCAUUAAUAUUACAUGCGAAUGAUCAUUUAAACAAUUUUGUACAACUUUUCAUUAUGAAUGAAAAUUCUGUUGUGUUGGUGUUUAACCAUUUUCAUAAAAUUUACAACAUAACUGUGAAAUAUCCAGGUAACUUUUAAUUAUUGUUAAAUUAUAAAACACCUUACUAAAUUAAAUAAUAUUAGGAUUAAAUCGGGGACAAUCAAUUCAACUAGCUUUGGUGAGAACACAAAAUGUUACUAUGUUGCAUGUAAAUGAAGUCAAUAGUUCUGUUCCAGUUGGUUGUAGUUUAUUGGCAAAUUAUACAAGCAAGCCUUGGUUAAAUCCUGAACUAGGUACAUAAAAUUAGUUUCUUUUAUAAUGGUAUUGAUAUAGUUGUAAUUCUGUGUCUUAAUUAUGUAUUUUUCUAAUUACAUUUCAAGAAAUUUUAUCACCACAAAGACCACCAGCUCCUCCUACUGAAUAUUUUCAAGUAAAUAUUGGUGGAUUUGAUCCAGAAAACUUAAUUAGUAGUAAAAAAGAUUCUCAAAUCUUAAUGGGUUAUGUUGGUUGUAUAAGAGGAUUAAAAAUAGAUGAUUUUGUUGUCACCUUUAGUAGUCUCGGCUUAGCUAAUUCUUCAUUUAACACUUCUAAAGAAAAAGGUAUUUAAAGAAAUCAUAAGUAUAAUUAGCUAAGUAUUUCUGUUAGUUAAAAAAUAAAUCAAUUUUAUAGAACUUAGAGGUAUAAUAUCUGGUUGUUAUAUGAAAUGUGACGAACAACAGCCUUGUAAAAAUAAAGGAAUUUGUAUUGAAAACUUUCAGAAAGGAGGAAGUUCAUGUGAUUGUGAACAUACAUCUUACUAUGGCGAUUUUUGUGAUUUAGGUAUAACAAAAUACUGUAUUUUAUUGUAUUAACACUGUUAAUUUGAUAAAAUAUUUAAAUAUCAUGUCUUUUAUUUAGAUAAAGGUGCAGAUUUUAGUGGUGUUUCUGUUUUACGGCGAAAGUUUCUUCUUGAAGGACCAGUAACACAAGUUAAAUUAAAUUUAGCUUUUUCAAGCAGUGACAAGAGACAGCGAAGUACAGUUUUAUUACUUAUACAAACAGAGAACAAGUAAAUUUAGAUUUAAUAUUCCAUAUAAAAUCAUUAUUCAUAGUAAAUAUCAUAUAGUAGAUAAACAGACAUUACAUAAAUAGAAAACUAUUAUAAAAAUGCAUAGUAAAAAGAGCUGAUAGUGGGUUUGAGUGUACCACUGUUAUAGAUGGAAAUUGGAAAAGUAGGAUAUACGAAGUUAUUUAAUUUAUAUACAUAUAUAUAUAUAUAUAUAUAUUUUAUUUUAAAUACAAGGCCUCCACUACACUGGUCAUUGGCUACGAUUAUCAUGAUACAUAAUAUAGAUUUUUAGUACAUUAUAAUUUAUGAGUAUACAAGUUUUUAAAAAAAAAAAAUACAAUGGAGUGAAAGGAGAAGAAAAAAGACAUCCUAGGAUAAUAAGGACAGAUGCAGCCACUGUUAUAGUUAAUUUAAUUUAUAUCUAUAAGUAACCUAACCUAACCAUUGCGUAUAAAAAUAAUGAUUAUGAGCAGUCUUGUGUAUAGUGAACCUUUGCCAAUAAAAUACAUGCCAUAUUAUAGUCAAAUAAUUAAAUAGGAUUUAUAUAUUUUCAUUAAUAAUAAUUGUUUAAUGUUGUACCAAUUUGCCCAUGUUUUUUCCCAGUUUUUCACUUUUGCUGUGAAAAAUCCUGAAAAAAUCGAAAAAUAACCUCUCCAGUCGGAUUUCCUUUUAGAAAAAGUGCUAUCAUUGUAAAAUGGAGCAUAAUUGCCGGUAGAAAAGUUGGUCAUAGAAAAACAUAUUAUUUGAUUUUGGAUUUAUAUUAUGAACUUUAAAAAAUUGCUCUAUUCUUCUGAUAAUUGGUAUAUUUAUGUUGGUAUGUAAGUUAUAUGGAUUUGUAUUUCUAAUAUUUAAUAAAGUUUUAAAGAUAGGGUUGGCCAGGUAAUAAGCUAUUUUGAUUGAAUUCUGAAGUUCAUGUAAUUGACAUAUUAUUUCUAGAGAAGUUAGCACAAUUAGCAAGAAAGAAAUUGGAAAUUUCUUCGAGACCAGCAGACUUUGAUUUUACUAUUGAGUGUAGACCAGCCGAUGUAUCAUUGAGUGGAAUAUUGCAGUUGGAUAGUAAAGAAAACUCAGAAGAUGGGUCAUUGUGAAUAUUUAUUUGAUGAAUGUGACCAAGAGGAGUAAGCUUGUAUACGGAUGAAAAUUGUGGCGUACUUGAAUUUUAAUGUGAAUUUUAACGUGAAUAGACCUGAAUUUUACUGCUUACUCAUUUAAACCUAUUAAGUAUUAAGUAUUAAUAAUAGUUUUAUUCUUUAAGAAGAAUAAAAUAAAUAAUAGCCUUAUCUGAACUAAUUUCAUUUAUUUCUGAUCUCUUAAAGUUUGGAUCGUUGUUAUAAUUUGUAUCAUGUUGGUCUCUACUUUCUACAUCAAGUUUAGGUUUUUUUAUUAUCCCCUUAUCCAUUGUUAAUGUAUUUAAAAAAAAAAUAAGUUUUAACAACGUACUUGUCAUAAUUUCGUUUGUCACUAAGUUUAAUGGUUCAAUGGCUAACAUUAAUCGCACAAAAUAAAAUACGUGACGGCGAUAAUACCAAUUACCCAUAAUGCCGAUUACACCGUUCGUCCACGUCCAUAUCUACACUAUUUUUGUAGAAAUACUUAUAUUCCCGUAAGUACCCACAUUUUACUAAAAUAGAAUAGAAUAUUCUAAAAUCAAUGGCUGUAUCAUUUAAUNAAAAUACAAUUAAUUAUAAGUACCAUGCAUUUUAGUUUUCUCAUAUAAUAAAUAAAUUCAUAAAUUCUAAAAAUUUCGGGGGGGUUUGAUCUCCAAACCCCCCCCUCCGUUAGUAUGCCACUGGAUGAGAAUUAAGUAGAAAAAAGAUUAGAGAUAUCUAACUCGUUUUUGUCUUCAAAAUCAUUUAAAUGUAUGGUAUUUGGUAUAGUGUUUGAUUGUGUGUUCAAUGAGAACUAUUUUUAGAAAAUAUUUUUCUGGUUAAAAAUUAGAUUUUUUUUCAAACUGGUGUAUAAAAUCCUUAUAUGCUAAUUAUGAUUUUUUUUUUUUUUAAUUUUUCUCGAUAGUAAGAGAAAUUUGUGUAGUUGGGAAAUAAUUUUAUUCAUGAUAUAGUUUUUGUGUGCUUUUAUCUUUUUCCAUAUAAGUGAUUUUAUCUCUUUGGUGAACCAGUCUGGGAAUUCGGAAUGAGAAUUAAGUAUUGAUGUAGGGAUAAAUUUGAGUAAGUAUGUAUGUAAAGCAUCGUGAAAGAUAGUGGCAGAGGUUUCAGUAUUGUUAUUACAUAAGGUUUCUUCUUCAGUUAAAAUAAUUUAAAAUGAGUUGAUGUUAGUAUAAUCAGCUUUGAGAUAGUUUUAGAAUGAUUGAUUAAAGAGGAGAGUGUUUGUAUUUACCAGUAAAUUGACUGAAAUUUGAAAAGUAGGGUAUCGAUAUGUUUUAAAAGGUCAUAGUGGACUUCGGUUGAACAGUUAUUUAUAUUAGAAAAUAUUAAAUCUAGGAGAUUUCCUGACGGGUUUAAAAUAUUGUUAAAUUGAGUUAAAUUUAGAAAUGAAAAACUCUCGAUAAUAGUAUAAUUUGUAGGCGAAGAAAGAAAAUUAGUGCAUUUAUAUCCUAGUUUGUCUCUGAUCCAUAUAAGAGAGGGAAUGUUAUAGUCCCCAUAGAUCAAAAAUUUGCGAACUCAAAAUGUGAGCGACGUGCGUAAUCAAUAUUUUGAAUUAUUAUGUACCGUAGUACCGUGGCGACACUGUUUAAGAGACGUUUAUGAUGGAACUGGUAAUUGUGUUGUGUAACCUUGAUCGUUUAUUUUACUAGUAUUUAAUAUUCAAUAUAUUACAAAUUGCAACCAAGUUAUUAAGUGAUCACGCACGUCCUCAUGAUCAAAAUACUAAGCGGUAAAAAAAAAUUAGAGUUGCAUUUUAAACUGCUCAUAGAAUUUUUUGAUAUCGUAACCUCACGAUGUUUACACUGUUUACAGAAGUAUACAUAAAAAAAUAUUGAAUACAUGAAAACAUAAAUAACAGAUCGCGUUUUACAGAUCGCAUGUUAGGUUAGUGUUGUUAAAUAUUUGACAAUUAAUAGAUAACAAUAAUAUGUUAUACAACGAGAAGAAAAAGUGUCAGUAUUGUUAAUUAGUGUUUUUUUUUUUUUGAAAAAAUAAAAAGAUAAAUAGAAUAAAAUAGUAUUUAUUGGUGCGAUUUGUGGUUUUUUUGAUAUAGAGAUAAAAGUUAAAAAAGUGAAAGACGGGGGAUAAAAUUUAAAUGGUUUUGAAUACCUCUAAAAACCUCUUUGUAAAACCAAUACUAUCAAUUUGGUUAUGCUGCAUAAUGAUCAUUCGCAUAGAUAAUAAAAUAGUUAUUAUCUAUGGUUACCCAAGAUAUCAAGGCACAUUAUAGACGUGACGUAAAGACCGUUUUUACAUUUUUUUAUGGCGGAAAAAUAUUUGUGGAAUCAUGAUAUUAAAUUUCGACAUCCGACUUAAAUUAUAAUUACAUUAUUUAAAUUAGCUAUAGUAUUCUCAGUUAUUGCUGUUAAUGAAUUAAUCAAUCGUAUUUUGCCCUUUUCGCAUAUGGCUAUCAGACUUCAUAGGUCUUAUGAGACUUUAACACAGAGUUGGCUAUCUAGUAGUUUUAUAUAUAUGUGCCUUGUUGUUAUAUAUAUACUUUGUUAUCGGCAGCUAUAAAUGUGAUAACGGAUAAAAGAGAAACACGCGAGCUGCUAGUACGAUUAGCGGAACACAAACUCUAAUUUAUAUUAUUGUAAGCAACAAAAAACCAUUGCUAACGAAAAACAAUUCGGAGCGAAGUUCGGUUAUACACAAUAUUUACGAUGUUCGUUAAAAUUUGGUAUUAAAACUCUUAAAAAAUAAAUACUACAUUACUCAUUGUUUUUUUUUUUUAAACAUUAAGUAUUUAUAAUGAACUUCCUGUUAAAUUUCAAUCAUUUCUGUUUAGUCUAGCAAUUUUAUCAACAAAUAUCAGUUACGUAAAAACUUGCAAAAUUAAAAUGUUUCUAAAUAAUUCAAAAAUGACUUAAAUUUUUGAAAAUUUUAUUUCGUUUAGAAAAAGUAAAUAUAAGUUUUCUGUUAAUAUUUAAAGUUUUUUGAAUACCUAUAUUAUACUUAUAUAUCUAUAUUGCAACCUAUAUUAAAAAGUCCAUAAAUAGAUGGAUUAUUAGAUAAAAUAAAUUUUAGUGUUGACAUUUUUGAUUUCUGUCAAGCCGUUAACGAGAUAUUCCAUUUUUAAGUUUGGGUUGGAGGAGAUUAAUGGAGUAUCAUUUGUGUGACUGUACGGCGCGCAGCGUUUUAAUAACGCACCAUUACGUUCUUCUAAUCAAAACUGAAAAGUGGAAUAUCUCAUCAACAGCUUGACAGAAAUAAAAAAUGUCAACACUAAAAUUUUGAAAAUUUCAACUAAUACUUCAUCUAUUUAUGGACUUUUUAAUAUAGUUUGUUAUUUUAAAAUCAAAAUUAGGUAGUGGUUUUAUCUUCGAAAAUAAGGCUGACAAAAAAUAACCUAAAUAUAAAAUUGUAGAGAAGCUUGUUUCUUAAAUAUUCUAGAACACAAAUUCCAAAAAAAUUAAGACUUUUCAAGAAUUAGUGUACCCACUUAAAUGGAUCAGGUGGUAUUUACGGCGUGUCGUAACGUUAGGUACCGAUUUCAUUGGUUUUAAUUUUUGCAAACUAUGUUUUCUAACAGAAAUAUUGAUUUAAUCAAAAAAUGCCAAGAAACCAUUUUGGCAUUUUGCAUUUUGGAUCUAAAUACUCACGUAGUAGACGUUUAUUGAUAUUCUAAGUAGUCUUCAUAAUGAUUGGGAAAAUCGGAAUAAGACGAAAAAUAAAAACUGAUAAAUUUACGGCGUUAAUAUUCCUUUAUUAUUCCGAAAUAAUGAGUGUAUUCAAUUUAAUGGAUCACCUAGUAUAAUGGUAUAUAUAUAUAUAUAUAUAUAUAAUGAAACCAAUACAUUAUAAUACUAGUAUAAAAUAUAGUAUUAAACUUAAUAUUUACAAUAAGUCUUUUUGAUUUUAAAAAAUAUUCAUGGGAAAUUAUAGUUUAGAACCAUUUUAAUAUUGUUUUAAUAAAUGUCUAAUAUACAUUUUAUAAAUGUUCUGAUUUUUUAAAAGUUAGCCAGUAUUUUAUUAUUUUCUAAAAUAAUCAUAUGAUAGCAUAAAUAUAACACAUAAUACCUGUAUACAUAAUUUUUUGUGUAGGAGAAGUUACUAUUUAAUUGUUGCGUUGAACGAAAAAGGUGAAAUGAUUUUUGAAGAAGAUCGCGAGGGAACAGGAGGAGCAUUUGGUGCACGUAUUAAAGACAGAAACUUUUUAAAUGGAGCAAGACAUUCAGUUUAUUAUAAACGUACAGAUAGAAGUUCAAUACUUAUGGUAAUUAUUUUUUUACAAUGUAUUCAUUGAUUUAUUGAUGAGGAACGCUUUAGUUUAUUGAUUUUUUAAAAGUAUUAGACUUAAGAUAGUUUUGCAUAUAUAUAUAUAUAUAAACAUCCUUUAUAAUUGGUGUAACCAGAAUAAUUUACGUUCAAAUAUUUUUAAAUGCAAAGUAUUAACCUUCUCAAAUAAACGGACACUAUAUCUUUAUAAUUACAAUUAAAUGACUCUGAACUCGCUCUUGUUUAUAGGAAUAAUGACAUGGGUAUAAUUUUUGAUGCAAUACUAUUGUUUAACGAGUAUUAUUUAAAUAUCCAAAAGCUUCUUCUAUGCUUAGUUUUAUACAUUUAAGCUAUAAAAGUUUUAAUAAUCUAUAUCCAUAUGCAUUAAAAAUACUUUGUUGCUCAUAUUAUGUACAAUUAAUUUUGGAUUAUAACUCUAAAGUUUAGUUACCUAGGAAUAUUGGUUCGAUACAAACAAUAGAGUUGAAACAAAAUCGUUUUUAAGAUUUUUGUCAUUUAAUUGCGAUAUUCAACGUCGAUUUCACUCCUCUAACCUCUUACUAGCCAUUAUUAUCUCUUUUAAACAUUGAACUGUUGGUGAUACGAAGAAAAAGGUUAGAUCUCUGUUUCAUUUUUAAACUACUCAAUGGACAAGUUUAUUGUCCUGAAUUAAGUUUGAGAUUAAAUUUUUCUGCACUAGAAAAUUGUGUCUGUUCUACGACAGAAAGGUAUCGUUUCGCGCAUGUCGAAUGAACUGUGAACGAUUGUCGCGCUGUUAAAUCCCCCCCCCCACAUAAUCGCUGCAGUUUACGACGACAAGUUAUACAAUGUGCUAAAAUGAUUAACAAUUACUACGUUUACAUGUACAAUUAAAGGCGAUUUAAAAAUUAAAGUGGUUUAAUCAAGCAUCAUGUAGUCGCUUUAAAGCGACCUUAAUAAAGUAAACCGGUUUUAAUUGAAUGACGCUCGAAUAUGUGGUUUAACGAAAUUAAAUGGUUUUAUAAAUAAAAUCUGUUAUAUUUUUAUAUAUGUAAAUGGUACUUUGGCGGGUUACACCAAGACAAGUUUAAUGAUAAAGUAAUAAAGAAACGUUUAUUUACGACAUAACAAAAUUAAACAAGUGCUCACCAGUUGACUGCUUAUGGCGCGAAAACAGGCGAGCACGCAUUUAUUAGAAUAACAUGAGUGGUAAAAAUCAAUUAUACAUGAUGUUCGGAGUCGGAAAACAAUGUUUCGCGAGCGGCGACGGUGCGAAGAUGGCGAGCGGAGCUGUGGCCGAUGACUAUUGAACGCCGACGGCGAGGGGAAUGUCCGACGUCCGCCGCGAGUGACGCGCAGCGGGAAGCAGAAAUGUGGCGCGAAACCCGCCACAGUACAAUCACUUUUAUUUUGAUAAAUGAUAUUUAUUUUAUUGUGAUAACAUAAAUCAUGAUACAUAUUAUUCAGAUUUUAGUUUUAUAAAUAUUAAUUACGACUUGAAUAUUAAAGAUUCACAUGUAAACAGGUCAGGCAAUUAAGUCGACUCAUAAUAAAAUAUGUUUAAAUUAAGAACGCUUAAUUCAUAUCAUGUAAACGUAGUAAAUAAUCAUUAUUUUAUCUACUAUUAUAUUAUCAUUAUUUUUUAUACUAUUAUGCGAUACAUUUACAACAGCUUAGUCUUUAAUGUAGAAAAGAUUUCUGAUAGAACAUUUAUCCACAGAAAAACAAUCGUAAUAUUAUAAAAAUAUAUUUUCUACAUUUUCCCGUUUUUUUUUUUCGAUUUUUCGCAUUUGCUGAGAAAACUUUUGAGAAAAUCGAAAAAUCAUCCCUUUAAGGGACCCCUUCACACCGAUUUCUUUUCAGAAAAGUUGCUAUACGUAAAAAUCGGAGCAAGUCUUCUGGUUGAAAAGUUGUCCACAGAAAAAAAAAUUAACAUCUUUGUAAAACCAUAAGCUUCUUCGCUCCACUCAGAAUUUAAAAUAUAUAUAACUGUUGAUAUGUUUAAUGUAUAUUUAAAUAAUUUAAUAAAUUAGUUUAUAAGAAUAACCAGAAGUCCAGAAUAUAUGAAUGAUGUAUUUUCAGAGAUAAAUAUCUAUACAAAUAAAACUCAAGUACUACAAAAAUCAAAUUUUGACGAAACUUGUAAUUAUCACUAUCUUUUAAACAUGUAUAACUGAACUCCGCUCAUAAUCAUUUUUCGUUAGCAAAGAUUAAUCGUUGCGUAAUCGAUUUUUAAAAUAAAAAUAUAAAUUGCAUGGCAUUAUAAAUUAUUUUCGUCAAUUGUUCUGUCGGUAUUUUAGUUGUCGGUCGAUUGUUUUGUUGGUCGGUUGUCUCUGUCGGUCAAUUGUUCUGUCAGUCGAUGGUCUCUGUCGGUAUUUUACCUGUCGGUUGAUUGCCAAUCUCCUAUUAUUAUUAUUGUACAUAAAUUGCUACAUACAUGUGUUGUCCAUCAUCUCUGUAAAAUAAAUAAUUGCUUUUAAAAUGUAAAUUGUAUCUUAUAUUAAUAAAAAAGUUAAUUUCAUCCGAGUUAAUCUAAUGUCUUUUUAUUUAAAAACUAAAGGUGAAACAGCCCCAGUCAGUUUGCCUUAGCAUAUAAUUUUGAGCACAUUGUUAUUUAAACCCAUAGUAAAAUAAAAUUGCACAUACCUGCUAAUAUAAAUUAUAAUACAUUGCUAACAACUACCAAUAUCCACACAUGCAAAAAUAAAUAUAAUCAGUCGUUUGGUUUAUUGCAGAAGGCUUACUGAGUGUGGGCCUAAUUUUUUUAAAUUUUAAUAUGAAAAACAAACAAAUGAUACAAAAAGUUCAUAUGUUAUCAGAUAAUAAUUUUUACUGAUAACAUUUACAUUAUAUCAUAAUAUUACCAUCUAUGUACUUCUAAAUAUCUUAAAAAAUCACCAUUUCAUGUCGUAACAAUUAUUGAAAACCGAAUAAAUCAGUUUGCUCUUUUGCAAUUUGUCAAACCUAUUUAAUAAGGUGUAGUAACUAAGAUUUUAAUUUAGACAACUGUAGACUACUGAUCUUCUUAUAUUUCAUAUAAAUGGGUAUCAUGCCCUUCCAAAUAAAUAAAUACAUAAAAUGUAAGUUCUAUUAGGAGAUAAUAUUAUAUAUUUAAUUAAUAGCCUUUCAAAAGGCUAAAAUCAAAUUAUAAAACAAAUUAAUUAUUAACUUAAUUUAUAAUCAUUAUUUUCUUUUAUAGGUUGAUCGGGAUCCCAUUGAAUUAAAAAAAAUCCCAGUUUUAAGUUUAACUGAUACAUUAACAGAUAUCACAGCUGGUGAUAAUGAAGUACAAAUUGGUGGACUAAAUACAACUGAUCCACGGUUUGCUUCCUAUACAAGUUAUAGUGGAUGCAUUUCAAGUAAUUUGUAUUGUAAUAUAAUAAUGUAUUCAAUAUUGAUAAAAUGUGUGAAAAGUGUACUAGGUUGUUUAAAUGGGUUAUAAAUUGGAUUUUUCCAAUGAAAAUUGUAAAAGUUAUAAAGUUGUACAUUUUAGAUUCUAAGUGGAGUGGAUGUUUUUUUUUUGUGUUGACGACUUUUCUAUUAGCAAUUUUGCUCAGAUUUAAAAUGAAAGUACUUUUAUUAAAAAGAAAUUUGACUGGAGUGGUAUUUUGAGGAGGUCAAUUUUCGAUUUUCUCAAUAGUUUUCCCAACAAAUGUGAAAAAUCGAGAAAAAACAUGGGAAAAUCAGGAAAAUUGGGAAAAUAGAUCAAAUAUUAAAUAAAUAUUAUCAAAGAAAAUAUAUAAUGCAUAUGUAAUUAUUUUACCAUAAUAUGACAUGUAUAUAUGUAUGUUGACGAAGCCACACUAUCAACCGAACUCCGCUCAGAAGCGUUUUUUUGCUAAUAACGGUUAGCAACGGUCUUUGCUUAAAGAAAUAGAUUCAAUUUAUUUUCUACUGCCUUCUCAACUUCUCACCUAUCAGUGGCUGCACUCGUCUCCAUAAUCUUAGGAUAGCUUUUCUAAUAUUAAUAUCAUAUUACAAUGAUUAUUAAUUAUUGUUAAAUUAAAACAUCGAUUAAGUAUAUACAUGUUACUGUGAAUGUCAAAAUUUACAUAGCGAUAUUGUUGAAUGUUGGUAAUAUUGGUUGUUAAAUGUUAUUUUUGACAUAAUGGGAAAGUCAGAAUGAUAAUAUAUUAUUAUUAUUAAAAUACUAUAGUAGGUAUACUAACUCUUAUAUAAUAUUAAGUAUUGUACAAGUUAGUUAAUUUAGUACAAUAUUUACCCAAUAACUUUUAUAAUAUUAUUAUCUAGAUUUACAGUAUAUUUAUUUAUAAAACCAUAUCCUCCAUUUUUUUUAAAAAUAAUAAUUUUUAUAAGAUAAAAUAAUCAUUAUUUAAAUUGAUAAUACAAAAUAUAUAAUAGUGUCUAAUAAUAAUAAUUUGUUUAUUAUAUUAAACAUAAUAUUACAUUUCACGUAUUUUCUAUAAUCCAUACCAGGCAUGUUAAACUCAAAUUAUUACUUAAGUCUAAACAUCUGUAUAAACAAAUUUGUGGGCCGAAAAAAAAAAAAUUCUAAAAUAAUUGAAUUUAUUAUGAAUAAUUAAAUAUGUUUGCAUUUUAUUAUUAUAUUAAUAUAAAUUUUUCAUACAAAAUUAGAAAAAUUAAAAAUAUACAAAUUUAGGUUUUGAAUGGAGUGAAGAAGUUUGUAUGGUUUUACAAAAAUGUUUUUUUUUUUUAACUGUACGCAACUUUUCUAAAAGAAAAUCAGACUCGGGGGGGUACUUUAAGGAGGUAAUUUUUCGAUUUUCCCUAGAGUUUUUCUAGCAAAUUUGAACAACAGAAAAAACAUGAGCAAAUAUUAUUAAAGAAAGCAUAUCCUUUUUUGUACAUAUUAGAGGAGUGAGUCGAUUUAGUUGUACGUGAGUGUAUUUAAUAUAAUAUCUAAAUAAUGCCGAUUUAAGAACGAUGGUGAAGUCAGAAUUAAGGUGACUUAGUUUCAAAAUUAUAGCUUUUUGAAGUUCUAAUAUUGCGCGGGGAUAUUAUAUGUGUUAUGUUAAAUAACUCAAUAUAGUCACUUUUAAAGUAUGUCUGUCAUAGUCCAAGGGAGGCAGGCACCGCUUGUCAUCUUAGAGAUCGCAAGUACACACCCGAGUUUCGGAAAUUUUUUUGCAAAAAUCAAGCGGGUAGGUAAUAACCUAACCUAACCUAACAUAGAGACCCAAAUCGUCUCGAUCAGAAUAUUUUAAUCGAAAAAUACCACUUGAUUUCUUGUGCAAACUUUUCUACAAAAAAAAAUUGCUCCGAUGUAUUAAGUGUAGCACCUUUUAUGAAAGGAAAUAUUAUUUAUCUAUAUGGUACUUCAAGGAUUUCGUUUUUUGAUUAUUCAAGCGGUUUUCGUAAUAAUUGGGAAAAACCGGGAUAAAUGUUGGAAAAACAGGAAUAUUUAAGAAAAUAAUGCUUUUAUAAUUUAGUUAAAAAUAUUCGCAGUUUUAAUUAUAGGUUAAUUAAAAAUAUGAAAUUCUAUAAUAAGAAAAUAAUUUUACUACCUAUACGAAACAAUAUGUGUUUACUGUGUAAUUCAUUGUAUUCAAUUUAUAAAUAUUUAUUUUACUAUAGGAUGACAAUUAUAUUAUUGAAAAAGCAAUACUAUUAACCGAGCUCUGCUCAGAAUCGUUUUUAAUUAGCAAGGAUUAAUCUUUGCUUACAGAUAUAUAUAUUAAAUUCCCCUCUUUAUUCUACCUUCCCAACUUCUCACACACAUUAGAGGUCCACUCAUCGUGUGAAGUAUCUCCGUCUCUUUUUAAAUAUUAGUUUUUAAACUGCUUUUAAAUAUACUAUAAGUUCUUUAGUACAGAUAUAUUAGAAAAACAUGUAUUUUAAUUAUAGAUGUAUUUUUGGAGGUUAAUUAUAAUGCAAUGAGACCGUUGGAUGAAUACAUGCUAUUUACAAAGCCAGGUAGUGAAAAAGUAAAUGUAACAAAUCCUCAAGGAGUUCGCAGUGCUCAAUGUGCUUCUUUUGAUGAUAUAAAUAAACCUAGACCCGGCCCUUCAUUAAAUAUAAGCUAUGUAAGCUAUAAGAAAUUUAACUUUUCAUUCUAAUAUUUGAACAUUUUUGAAAUACAUAUUUUAUUUCAGGGAGUAGAACAAGCUUGGGUUCUCGAUCCUCCAGCUCAUAUGCCUUAUGAUUCUAAGUAUGCAAAGGUGUUUCCUCGACAAGAUAAUACAUUUAAUGGUAUGUUAAAAUAAAUAAAUAUUUUUUAAUGGAAUGUCUAAAUGAAUAAUAAAUACAAUUCAAAGUAAACCGUUGUUUAAAAGAACUUAUUAUGGACAUAUUAUAUACAAAUUCCCUUUUCCUGACCGGGCACUCUACCAUUGAAAUUAAUACAACAAAGGUCAUAAUAAAGUAGAAUAACAAGUAGACGAUUGAUACAAUCGUUUUAUAUUGGAUAUUGUCUAUGCUCAAAUAUUAAGAAAACUGCAUGGAAAAUCAAAAAACAACAUUCUCACAUGACAAUAAGAUCAAAAAUUCAACAAGAAAUUUCUCCUGUCGUUUUUCAAUUGGAGCAAUAUUUCUGAUAAAAACUUAAACAAUACAAAUUUUAAAUAAUGAAAUCAAAAAUCAUGCCAUACAUUUGUUAGUUUUUGUUUGUCUUUUUCGGGGUUUUCCCAAUUGUUAUGAACUCUUAAUUUUUCAGUAACUAGAUCCAAAAUAAAAUGAAAAAAUUCUUUGUUUAGUUUUUGAUUGAAACAGGUUUUUUGUCCGAAAAAUUACAAACUAAUAUAAAUAUUAGAAACGAAUUAUAAAUAAAUUAACCCAAUAUAUGUUUUAUAAAAAUUAAAUACUAAAUUAACACAACAUUUAUUUUUAUAUUUGGUUUUGAGUUGUCACCACGGUAAUGGCUAGUUUUUUAUUUCUUGUCGUAAUGUCUGUGUCAUACCAUGCAUAUCGCACUAAUGUAAAAUGGAAGAAACAACGAGAUGAAGAAAUUAAUGCUGAAAUAGUAAGAAAUAAACGUCAGUCAAUUCAGAUGCAAGAAGGAUAUAAACUUGUAAAAGUAGAAUACUCUUAAAUACUUCUUAUUUCAUAGGUGUGCGUAUGAGGGUAGAAGGUACAACACUUUCAUAAUCUGUUUUAUGCUGCUGUAAAUUUUAAAUCCAUAAAAGUAAAUUUUUUACAAAUAACUUAUGUUCAUUAAUUGAUAAAAAAGUAAAUUUAUGUAUUAAAUAAAUAUUAUUUUAUCAGGAGACGGGAUAUUUAUUGUUGCUUAUUAUUGUUAAAUGUAUUACUACAUUUAUCUAUUUUUAGAUUCUGAGUGGAGCGAAGAAGUUUAUGGUUUUACAAAGAUGUGUAUUUUUUUUUCUGUAUACAACUUUUAUACCAGAGAUCUUGUUCUGAUUUUUAGAUGUAGUACCUUUUCUGAAAAGAAAUCGAUGUGGGGAGGUACUUUAAGGAAGGUAAUUUUUCGAUAUUUCCUAGAGUUUUCCAACAAAUAUGAAAACCGAAAAAAAAAACGGGAAAUUUAUGAAAUGUAGGUAUUAUAUAGUUAAAAAUAUUACGGCCUUCAUUUUUCCUAUGGAUUACUUUUCUACCAGCAAUUUUGCUCCAGUUUAUAAUGAUAACAAUGUUUUUAAAAGGAAAAAAAAUGAGAAAACUGGGAAAACCGAGAAAAUCGGUACAUUAAACUAAUAUUAUUAAAGAUAAAAUAUAAUACUUAUUGAAUUGUUUUACUAUAAUAUAACAUAUAUAUUUUUGACAAAGUAUCACUAUCAAUUGAACUCCGCUCAGAAUAAUUUUUUCGUUAGCAAUAGUUUAUCAUUGCUUACAGAUAUACAUUUAAUUACUUAUAACAGUGGUUGCACUCGUCCCCAUUAUUUUAGGACGUCUUUUUUUAAAUACUAAUUAACUAAUUCUUUAGUUUAAUAAUGUUUUUAAUAAUUUAGAAUAAUGUAUAUUAGUAAAUUUGUGUAUGUAUUAUUAUUAAUUUGUAUCAAUUACUUAUACCUCAAUAUUUAUCUCAAAGCAUAUAUAUUAUUUAUUAUACCUCAUUUUUAUAUUGUAUUAUUUGUUUAUCCUGUGACAUUGCAAAUGGAAUUUUAAUGUUCAAAAGAAAGUUGGUUCUAGUUGGUUUUGAUCAAAUUCAAAAUUAUGCUAAUCUGUAUAUUAUGUUGUGUUUAAAACCCUGCGCACGCCUAUAUUUCAUUGAUUUGAUAGAAUUUUAAUUAAAUAUCGAUAUUGACAUUUUUUUUAUUUAGGAAGAUAAACUUCAACUGAAUGGAAUAAAUAUGGAAAUGAAAUCUUUAAAUAAACAGCCUUUGCCUGUCAUUAGAUUUAUCACUCCUGAUGAAGAUAACGAUGGGGUUAAUGGAAUAGAAUUACGAAUUGAGCCAAGAUUAAAACAUUCGACCAUUAGAGGUAAGUACUAAAGUAUUAUAUAUUUAAUUUUUAACAAAAAAAAUAAAUUAGAAUCAAAAUACCUGAAGUACAUGAACAUUAAUUUUUAUAGAAUAUUUAAGUAAAGUUGAUAAAACUUGGGAGCCUAUUGAAGAAACAUCUGAAAUACUGGAAGAUAUCAGUGAAGUCAAACAAUAAUAAUAUAAUAAUGAA